GGAUCAAGUGCAGGGAGCAGGAAGGUAUCUGAGUAUGGUGGGAACCUGUUUGGAUUCGGGAGUAGAUCUGUUCUGGGAUCAGGAUGGCCAAGGGAUCCAAUUAAGGUGGAAGGAGACACGGUGACUUUAGUUUUUGAAAUGCGGAGUGGUAGGGAGCAUAAUACCCCUGAUAGAGCAAUUUGGGGAUUCAAGGUUCGGAUUGUAUCUCAUGAACCUGAUGAGAAUAGGAAUAUACCACUUCUCCCUGAUAUAACCCUCACCCUGACAGUACUUCUAGCAGAGAACCUAAACAUCCUCUACAAUGGAAAGAAAAUAUCUGCGGAAGAAGAAGAAUGUAAGGAGUUAUUAAACAGUAAACUCCUACAGAGAUGCUCCUGGGAGAAACCGAGGCUGUCCUCUGCCAGGUUCUGUGGGGAAGAUGAAGAGAUACCGAGGAUAAAACUUCCACAGGACCAAGUGAGAAGGUUAAGGGAUCUAUCUGGUAUGCGCAUACCUCACAUGAGACAAAGUGUCAAAGAGGUCAUUGAACCAGAUGUUUUGGAAGAGGCAGUCCUUUCAGCUGUUUUGAAACAUCUAGGCAUAGGCGAAAUUCUGGAUAAUUUUUGCACACAUGAGGCUGAGUACUCCCUAGAAUACUUUACCAUGACUGACAUUAUGAUGGAAACUUACCAAAAACUGUAUGCUCUAAUUAGAAAACUGCAAACUAUUGCAGAAUUGGAGAACCAUGUGCAGAAUGAUGUUGAAGACAUCAGAGAGAAGAGAAUCAAAAUUGGGGAAACUUUCUAUGCAAACUAUGGACAUGAUGAGUCAUCACUGAAAGAUUUGGCACUUAUAUGCUUUAUCAAAGAUGUUGAAUUUGAUGACAAGAAACCACAGAAAUCUCUUGAAGAACUAAAUAAGGCCAUUGAGGCAGAAGCUUUUGAACGAGACAUAAAUGCCAAUAAACCACUUAAUAAAACAGCUCAGAUUGUUCAUGCAAUAUUGAUGAGAGUAGAACUACUGCUUCAAGUGUCCAUUGAUACUGCUGUGGAGAAGUCAAAGUUUUCCAAUAUGAUGUCCCGGAGUCUUCAAUCUUGGCCUUCCGUGGACUCAAAGUCUUUAAAGAAACAGCUUUCAUUUGACAUUGAGCAAUCACUGGAUGAUUCCAUUCUUCAAAUUCCGAAGCUUCGACUGAAACGUAAGAUAAGAAAAAUCAAACAGUCUGCUACACAGUUAAACAAGCCUGAUGAAGAUGACAAACUUCCACAAACAGUUGUUCUAGAGCAGCUCUUUCAAUUUAUUGGCAGUCAUCCGGAGCAAGCAGUUUCCCCCUGGAAAUUCUUGGAAGCUGUGAGUAUUCGCCGGGAGAGAAGUGUUUCUAGAAAGUAUGCCUUAACUUUUAUGAAGGAGUUGUUGAAAUCAGCUGUUGUUGCUGGAGGUGGAACUUACUUAGUAAAUUCCAUUGCUUUCUUAAUCCAGUCAGGACCAAGGCUAAAUGAGCUGACUUGUGGUGGUUUUGUAGAAAAAGUAUGUGAAGCUUAUGGAGAAAUUAUGAUGCUUAUAGUUCAUCUUUCAUCUAAAUUUCCAUUAGCAUGUAAAGGAAGCAUAGGCAUACUUUGCACUGUUCCAUAUGAGAGAUAUGAAGAAAAGAGCUUAGUUCGAAGUGGGUUGGUCAACUUGCUGGAUAAGCUUUGUAGCCAAGGAACAAGUGCAAAGAAACAUGAGGAAAACAAGCAGUACAAAGCUGAGGAUAUUCACAACCUUUCAAGCAUAGCUUGGGCAGGAUUUAAAGUUUUAACCAAUCGUUGCAUGAAGUGGCAAGAGGAAGAAAGCAAUGAAGUCACCGAUGAACUUAAGAUAAUGGGGUUAGCUCACCAAGUCUCAAUAUUGCUGACAAACAAUUUAGCAAGAGCAACAGAUACAGAAAAAGAGUCAACAGAAAAUGAGGCACUACAAGAGAUCCUUCAAAUGUUGAAUAAUAUGUCUUCCAGUAAAAUGGGAAAAGAUAUACUGAGCCAACCAUCCUGUGUCUCAAAGCUGUUAUCUUUGCUGCUUGAACCAAAGCUCUCACCAAAGAUGAUUUUGACCAUCAUUCAACUAUGUCACUCUGCUCUUCCACUUAUGUCCCCUGAAGGAUUUUCCCAUAUCAGUCUUCCACACUGGACACUUGGUCAGGAAGAGGUAAAGAUCAAUAAUCUUGAUCCCCCAAAGAAAAUCAUAAGCCUUAUUUAUGCUAAACUGGCGGAUUUUCUAAUUCCUGGUUGUCAGAUAUCUGCAACUUCUCAUGGAAAAACAUCUUGUAAAUUAGCAUCCAGAAAAACAUCUACAGAAGGAACAGAAGAGGGGGAUGCAUUAGAUGAAAAAGAUAUUCCUCAAGAUUUACCUGAUAUGGAUAGAACCCUUUCUCUUUUCAUACAUAAAAGAGAAGAUCAAUCAGCCAAUGAGAUUGUACAGCAGCUGCUGAAUGCAAGCUCAGAGAUCAGAAUAUUCAGAUUUACUGGACCACAAAAUAUGGAAAAAAUUGUCUUAAUUGAUAAAGAACUAAAUAAAUAUCACAGGGCUGAGGUUGUAACAGAUGAUGCCACUGUAAUACUUAGACGUGCAGUAAAACUUGCUCAACAAGGAUUCAUUGUAUCUGUUGGAACUCCGCUUAAACUUGAUGAGCUAACUGAAGAGAAAAAGAAUGCUGUUGAACAAAUAGCAAAGGAUAGAAAUGUUCUUCUUUCUAAGUUUGAUCCUGCCCGCCCAUUUAUCAGUAGCCCAGUAGCAAACAGUAUGGCUUGUGAAUUAAUAGCCCUUAUACAUAGCCUGUUCAGAUCAUCUACUGCUAAUCUUUGGGAAACUGCUAUAAAUGACUUUAUUUCUGACAAGCUUGUAGACCUAAGCCAUAUUGCAACUGCUCAAGACUCUCUUUUUUCUGGUGCCCCAUAUGAAAUUUUUGAAAUUUAUAAUAAAGCUAGAGAUUUGCUGGCAGUCUUGGCAUCUUUGGGAGGAUACACUGAGUUCAUAAAACCUGGAAUAUGUGCAAAGGUAUCAGGUCAAAACAUGGAUGAAUCUACAGUUUUAAUAUCCUCCAUAUCUGAACAAACAGGACAAGCGCAAGUGCAAUUUAACAUUCCAAAUGAUGUGUCCCAUUUCCCAAGACCUUCUAACACAAUUCUAGUACCUCUUCAAAGAAUCAAAACUUUAAAAAGAACAGACCCAGUCCAGCUUUUCCUUCCUCUUGCUGAUGAAUUGAUAGCAUCCCUUCAGUCCCUGUUAGCUCCAGAUCCAACAGGAGUGGAACCUCUCAGUACUGCUCUUCCAGCUCAUGGAGAGGGUAGAAGUCUUAAGCUAGCUACCUCAAGAUUAAUUGCCGAGCUUCGAACAAGAGCAAUGCAUGUAAUGUCACUGUUUUUAGAAGAACCAGAGUUUGGUUGUAAAUUCAUGCAAGCCUCUUGCCAGGCAGUUGAUAUGCUCAAAUGCUUAUCUAAAGAUUGUCUUCCUUCUGAUAGAAUAGAGACUGUUGAAGCAGCAACAAGAAGACUGAGAAAUUUAUAUCGAGAUUGUGUUAAGCCCCCAGCACCACCUUCAAGAAGAAAUGGUACUAAACACAAAGUAAUGAUUUGGGACUCCACAAAAACUUUUCCUCCUCUACGAUCAGUCCUGUUUACUCAUAACAUGUUGGGGAUAACUUAUUACUCUGAACCAGUCCAUGGUACUGGAGCUCCAAGAGGAAUCUUUGUUUAUGGUAAUCAAAUGAUACCUCCAUCAGCCAACUUUUUCUAUUGGGAAAUUGAUAUUCUUUCAUUGGGUGACACCCCAGAUGACUCAGGUACUCCUCUGAUAUCUGUUGGAUUUGCCCCCUUAGCAGAGAAGAAAGAUGGUCCAUGGAGUAAUCCAGUUGGAUCCAUGCUUUUUCAUAGCAAUGGUAGAGUUGUUCAUUAUAAUGGAUCUAGUCUCCUGCAGUGGAGAUCAUUAAGAUUUGAUUCCCAACUAAAUCCUGGCGAUAUUAUUGGUAUUGGUUGGGAAAAGGUCUUUGAAGCAUCAGGAAAUAUUCCUUCUUCAGGAACAGUAUUUUUUACUUUAAAUGGAGUAAAGCUAGACCAAGGAUUAGAGGAGGUUGCUGGAAACAUGUUUCCUGUAGUUCAUGUUCAGAAAAAGAAUACAAGAAUCAAAGCUAACUUUGGGAAUUCUAAGUUUGCAUAUGCAGAGGGGAGAAAACAUUUUGAAACUAGUUUAGAUGAAACAAAUGAUGAGAAUGAUUCCAGUGAUGGAUUUGGAAAUAUGCAUUUUCAUACAGACAGUGAUUCUUCUGGAGCUAGUAGUCCUGAAAGAGGGUAUGCACUAGGGGCCGGUAAUAGAAGAAUUAAUACUUAUGCAUGCAGAACAGCCUUAACUCCAAAACCUUUAAGAGAAUACAACUUGGGAUCUGAAGAGUUUAAAACUCAGCUUGGAAAUGAGUUGUGCUCUAAAACAGGCUCUCACAUUCAACCUAUUACUGUUUUGGAUGAAGAUUCAGACAGUGAAGAUGAAGAUGAGGAUGAUCUAAAUUUGGAAUCAGGGCACAGAGAGGAUAUUAAUAGUCUUUUAGUAAAGUCUUGGGAGACCAAGGUAUUCCCUAUCAUACGCCGCAGAUUUAGAAAUGAAGCAGAAAGAAAGGAUGGAUUGGAACAAAUAAAAGGAGCACUUUCUUUAGGUAUGGCUGAUAUAGCAAGACAAACUGUUGAAUUUUUAUAUGAAGAAAAUGGUGGAGUCCCCAGGGACUUGCAUCUACCAACAAUAGAAGAUGUAAAGGAAGAAAUGUCCAAAUUUACAAUAGAAAGGCUGAAGAAAGGCCAACAAGUAAUUAUUUCAGAGCCAACACAAGAAUUUACAAUAAUGCCAAAGUUUGCAGUUCCAAUAAUGAUGAAAACAUUUGGUCUUCCUGGAGAAGUUUUAGAGAUUGAUCCAAAUAAUGAACUUGUUCAGGUUGAGUCUUAUCUAAAAUCAGAGGGAGUUUUAGUAAGGUUUUGGUAUCCUAUAAGUGUACUAGAAAAGCCUUCUGAUUGCACCAUAAAGGUGGCAGUUACUGGUGCACAAGUGAUCAAUGUCAAUAACCUUCAGAUUCACAAGGAACUAAUGAGCUGGGAGUUUGCCAUGUCAAGACUUUAUUGUAGAGAGUCUUAUGUGAAACUUAUUGAACAUAGCAGGAAUAAUGAUUUAGUUUAUCUUAAUCCAGUGGAAGAAACAACAUCAGCCUACACAAUGAUAACUUCCAACAUAUUACUUUUGAAAGAUAUUGAUGUUGAGAACCUGCAGUACAUUUCCAACCAUUGUCUGAUGACUCCAGAAAAUGGAAAUGCGUUGGAAAGAAAUUUAAAUAUAAAAGACUCUCAUAGAAUUCUAAACCUUGAAAAAGGGACACUUUCAAAUCUCUUUUUUGAUAAUUUUGAUCUUUUAAAGAUGGAAUUAUAUGAUUUCAUAGUGCAGGCUUCACAAAAGGGAGAAGAUUACAUGAUAGAAUUGACAAACCAAACUUGCAUGGUUUUACAAUUAGCUCCAGAAUUCUUCUCUACAGAGGAAGUUGUUAUCAAUGAUAUAUCCACGUUGAACUCUUGCAUUCUGUUUCCUGGAGCUGCAUUUACAGCAGCUUCCGUGCGAAUAAGAAGAGGAAUAGAGGAAAGUAGUGAGCUUAAAGAUUUGACUAUACAGCUACAGACUCUUGAUAGUUGCUUUGUUAAGUAUAAUGGACAAAUUUCUUCUAGAGACAUCAUUCAGUAUCCUAUUGAAACCAAUGGAUACAAAGAUCCUUUGUAUUCGGCCUUCACACCUGUUAUAAUGGCAACAGAUAAGGUUAGAGUAUCUCAUAGUGGAGGAGAAGACCUGGGUAUUCGUUUGUAUCUUCAUUCUAUUCCUCAGCAGCUUCCUUUAGCUACAGCUUACAUUGAACAAAUCCUUGUGGCAAUUGAAACAGAAAAUGUGUCAAAAUACAUAACUGAACCAGUCAUAUUUCACUUAAUAGAAGUUCUUUCAGGAUUCUUUUGGAGAUAUGAAAUGCCUCAAGAGAUAAAAGAAAGGAUGUUUUUGCUACUGGCAGAACUGAUUCGUUGCUAUAAAGGUCUAAAAAAGAAACCCUUGCCAGAAUUAAACCUUCCGCAGAUGCAACUGUAUUUGCAGUUUCAAAAUGAGUUACAAAUCUUAUAUGAUUAUGAAUCUUCAAGAAAGCUUCACAAACGGUUCAGUUCCUAUAUCCAAAGUUUGUUUGAGCUCUCAACAGCUUUUACAGACCUGACAGAUAUAAAUGUAACUCCAGUUAUUAAAAAAUCAAGAUCCCCAACCCCAGUUUCAGGUUCUGAUAAGGAAGGAUCUCCUACUCCAGCUUCAGUAAGAAGUUCAUUGAGAAGAAGAUUGAGGCCAACGCGGAGUAGACUUAAUUCCUCUGGAUCAAAUAAUUCAGAUUCAGGGAGCCCAGUAGCUAAGCAGGACAAAUUUUGGUAUACUAAACUUCAUAAACUUACUACUGUUCUUUGGUUUGUGGUUGAUAAUGAUAUAUCAUACCAAAGUCAAGCAACAGACCUUAUAAAAGAAAGCUUCAACCAGACAAAACUAGAUGACUUUUCUAGACUUUUGAUCCUGAAAGGUGUCCCAAAGCAUCUUGAGAAAAGCAAUCUUAUAUCAAUUUUAAAUAAGUCACUGGCCCCCUUUGGAGGUUCAUUCAAGAGUGAAAUUUAUUUGCACCCUUUAACUGAGAGUACUACAGAACCAGCAAUUGAAGCUAUUAGCACCACUCGUAGACCUAGAACAACAAGCACUGCUGAACCAGUCCAACCCAACAACUCCGGAUAUGUCAUUCUUCAAGUUAGAUCUAAGUUUAAAUCUAGUGAAGUAAAGCAAGAGCUUUUGAAAAACCCCAUUUUAUCUCAACCUGGGGAGUUUGAUAUUCCAGAUGAAUUUGAUCCUUGUCUGGGACUUAGUGUUUACAGAGUGACUUCAGCAUUUAGUGUAGAAGAUCCAAAGUACAAUUUUAUUCUUGACGGCUACUUGAAAACAAAGAUCUUUGACAAAGAGGGUAAAUUACGGAUAGAGGCUUACAAUGCAUUGGAAGACAUAUUCAUUUCAAGUUAUCUUGCUUCUCAGAGAUUUUAUGAAAAAUUAGAAGAGAAUGAUGAUUCUAAUGAUAGUGCGAUUCAUUUAAAGCAAGGAGAUAUGUUAGUUCAAACAGAAGGAAAUCUAAUUUAUUCAUUCUUUUUUGGUAUUAAACAGACAAAGCGAGCUCUGAUUGAAGGGGUAAAGGAGGUCUUGGAGCAAUAUGGUUCUGAAAAAUAUCCAGAAAGUGGUAAAGAGAAUGAAGGUAGCAACUCAAGGAAAAGUUCAAUUGAAAAAGAUGUCUCCAAGGUUUCUGGUGAUGUUGAGGGGUCCAUUGUUUUGAGAGUGGUCCAGGAAUUUCGGGCAUCUGAGGACACAAUGAGUAAAAGAGAAAAUAACAGCUUUGAUAAAUCAGAAUUGAAAGAGCAAAGCUCUGAAGAAAAAAAUAAUUCAGAGCUUGGAUUAGAGCUCGAUGGAUUUAUUAGGUUUAUCUGUGAAUAUGCUGAACAGGAUAUUCGAAGUGUCUGGGUUGGAUUACAAAGCUGUGGGUUUGAUCUUCUACUUGAAAGGGUUCAUCCCACUGAUAUAGACAGAGUGCAAAGCAUACAUUCGCCUUGGAACAGAAAACAAGAUCAGGCUUUAAUAGAGUUUGGGAAUAUGAUUGGAAGAACCCUUAACAUAUCUCCCAUGAAAAUAUCACCAAAUGAGAUUUAUCUCACAGAAUCAGAUCUAUCGAGCAUCCUAUUCUCACCUUUACAAGCCUUUUCAGUAGAGGAAAUUAGAUCAAGAUAUUGCUUCUUAAAGCAGUUGAACCUAGGUAUAGCAGAACUUCUACCUAUGACAGAUUUUCGGGCAGCCGGAGCCUAUUCUAGAAGUAUUGGAUCUGCCUUAUCAAAGGGCAGAAAUCUCAUCUUUUAUGAUGUUAAAGAGACCUUUUUAAAGCAUCUAAUAAAUUCAACACAUCAAAGAAAUCCUGAACAUGCUCCUCCGGAGAUUGUAGUAGAUCCUGUAGAAGAGAUUGGAAACACCAAUGAAGAUGUCUGUUCCACUUUAUUUUGUCAUGCAUUGAACCAAUUGGCUGAGGUGCAAUCCUGUUCUCUUAAUGUCAGCAUUGCAGCUGGGGGAGAUCCGCAAUACCCCUUUAACAUAAAAAUGGCAGGAGAUGAGGUCCAUGGAAACUCUGGAUCUUUCAGACACUUUCUUUCUGCAGUUGUAGAUCAGCUUCAUGGUCCAACCCUGAACCUUUUAGUCCCUUACAGGGGCACUGGGCCCUACACUGGUAGAUACUUCCUCAAGCCUGGACCAACAAACUAUGGAGAAGAAAAAAUGCUUCAGUUCUUUGGUCAGUUGUUGGGCAUCUCAAUGAGGGCUGGUAUUCCUUUACCCUUGGACUUGAUGCCAACAUUCUGGAUGUCUCUGGUGAAUCAACCUCUCCUUUUGUGGACUCAGUCCAAAGACAUAGAUCCUGUAACCUUUAACUAUGUAUCAGAUCUAGAAUCAAUUACUGAAGAUAAAUUUGAAGAGUUUUUGGAGGAGAAUAAUCAUCCUAAAUUUACACUUUCUUCAAUAGGCGGGGGAUAUGUGGAGCUGUGUCCAGAAGGAGUUUCGCGCUCCCUAUGUUGGGAUAAUUUAGAGGAGUAUGUUGAUUUGGUGAAGACAUGCAAACUGAAAGAGUGGGAGUCUAGAGAUAGAAUAACACAUAUACAAGCUGGGUUAGGAUCUAUUGUUCCCGUAACAUAUCUGAUUCACACCUUCACGGCCCAGGAUCUAGAGCUAAAACUGUGCGGAAUACCACAGAUUAAUAUUAACUACUUGAGGCAACAUACACUAUACCAGGUUGGUAUAUCUGAGUCUGAUGAACAUGUCCAGUUCUUCUGGUCUGCUUUAGAGUCAUUUAAUCAGGAGGAGCUGGGACGGUUUGUUAAGUUUGCAUGCAAUCAAGAUAGAAUCCCAAUGUCCCAGGAUGAGGAGGGUGUAACCCUGCCCCCCUAUCCAAUGAAGAUUGCUCCCCCUGACAGACGAGAGGGGGACCCUGAUGCCCAGUAUAUUAGGGUUGAGACCUGUAUGUUUAUGGUUAAACUCCCACGAUACACUACCUACGAAAGUAUGCGGGAGAAACUACUCUACGCUAUAACAUGUGCCAUGGACCCCCUGAGCGGGUAGUGGUGGGUUGGUUUGAAAAUUAUAAAAAUAUAAUAAUUUAAAAAUAUCUCUGUUAUUGAACAACAACAACAUUAAAUUAAAAUUGAAUCAACCUUGCCUGCCCUCACCCGCUAAGAGGUUGAAGAUUUAAAGAUGACUGUUGGGAAAUUAUUCUGUCUUAUUUCUCUGCAGCUGUCAACUUGUUUCUUUUCUGAUAAGCCAUGCAUAAAGCAUUACAGUUAUCAUUUGUACAAUUAUUGCCGGUCCCAAAUCAAGAUAUUUCUUGACAAUGAAAAUUAAAGACAAGUAUUUAUAUAACCGCCAUUUUAUUCUAAUAUUUAUUGUUCUCGCAAAAAAUAACUAAAUGUAUGAUAAAUGUAAUAAUUGAGUGAUUGAUGAAAAAUACUGUUAUAUAAGGCUUAAUUUCUAGCUACCCUUCAGCUAGUUGUAGAGAGGCAUUUUAUAUUCACAACUGUAUCUAUUACAUCUGUCUCUAAGCAAACAAAAGUGGAAAAUUCGGCCAUUUUCAUUCUUUGUCUCUGAUGCAUAGUUCCGUAAGUAAAUAAAUCACAAUUGGAAAA